GUCGCUGCAGCGAAGCGAUCGGCGCUGAGCUUGGCGCGCCCGGAGGAAGGGGAGACCCGGGUCGGGGUGGCUGCUGCUGCUGCUGCUUCUGCUGGAGCAAGGCAGGGUUUUCCUGCCGCGGGGAAGUCUUUGCAGGGUUGUUGUGCCUCGCGCGCACCUGGGCAGCUCCCCCCACCCCAUUUGCACUUAAAACUGCAAAACCUCCGAAAUCCACGAUGCUGAAAAGCUGCGGGAAGAAGCUUCUGCUGUCCCUGGUGGGCUCAAUGCUGACCUGCUUCCUGGUGCUUGUGGUGGACCAGCAGAAGGGGCAGGUGCUGAGCCUGGGGGGCGGCGGCGCCGGCCUCCUCCUGCAGCCCUUCGAGGGCUCCCGCGGCGACGCGCCGGGCUUGCGAGCUGCAUUGCCCGCGGGGCAGAGCCACCGCGAUGUGCGGAGCUUCAGCGCGUACUUCUCCAAGCUGGCCCGGGGGAAGGCGGAGGCGGCCUCGGCGGUGGGAGGCGGCCCGGAGGAAGGGAAGGCGGCCAGGCCGCAGCUGGAGGACAUUUCGCCCCAGGAUGUCUUCAUCGCCGUCAAGACCACCAAGAAGUUCCACAAGUCGAGGCUGGAGCUGUUGCUGGAUACGUGGAUCUCGCGCAACAAGGACAUGACAUUUAUCUUCACGGAUGGUGAGGACGAAGAACUGAAGAAGAGGACAGGGAAUGUCAUCAACACCAAUUGCUCCGCUGCCCACAGCCGCCAAGCCCUGUCCUGCAAGAUGGCCGUGGAAUACGACAAGUUCAUCGAAUCUGGGAGAAAGUGGUUUUGCCACAUGGACGAUGACAAUUAUGUCAAUGUUCGAGCGCUGAUCAAACUGCUCUCCAGUUAUCCCCACACGCAAGACAUCUACAUCGGAAAACCAAGCCUGGAUAGGCCCAUCCAGGCCACAGAGAGGAUUAGCGAGAACAAGAUGCAUCCGGUCCACUUCUGGUUUGCCACGGGCGGUGCUGGUUUCUGCAUCAGCCGUGGGCUGGCGCUAAAGAUGAGCCCUUGGGCGAGUGGCGGACACUUCAUGAGCACUGCAGAAAAGAUCCGCCUCCCGGACGACUGCACCAUCGGCUACAUCAUAGAGUCUGUGCUGGGGGUGAAGCUGAUCCGGAGUAAUCUCUUCCAUUCCCAUUUAGAGAACCUCCACCAGGUGCCCAAGACAGAGAUUCACGCUCAGGUGACCUUGAGCUAUGGAAUGUUUGAAAACAAGAGGAACUCCAUCCAUAUCAAGGGAGCUUUCUCGGUGGAGGAGGAUCCGUCCAGGUUCCGUACGGUCCACUGUAUGCUGUAUCCGGACACUCCUUGGUGCCCUCGCAAUGCAGUUUACUAAGAGACAAGGUGUCCUCUUCUUAACCUCGUCCCGAGUUUUCCCGGUAUCCGAAGAGCUCGUGGGACCUGUGCAUUUCUGUGUGUGUUUGUUUCCUUUGCUGUGAGGCUGUUGGCGCUUAAUUACUGUGGUUAAUUCACAGUGUGCGUGUGUUUUAUAGGCUGCCGUGCGGCCCCUUCUUCUCUCAUCCAGCCCUGAGAUGCUGAGACAUUUUUGGGCUCCCCCUGCUAUUUGCCCCUGUUGAUGGGGCAAGCGGGUUUUACCCUGGGCAAGAAGGAACUGCCCUUAUAACCCUCAUUUCUUAGGUGAGUGGUUCUGGCUGUUUGUACAGGUGUAAAAUGACUGAAAACCCCCCACCUGAGCAUACCAGCCUGGGCAUUUCUGAAUAUUGCUUUGCAGUGUUCUCUUGUAAGAAGUUGUUUGUUUGCUUUUCCACGACCACCAUUACUGCUGUGUUUCCCCUUUCCCCCUCCCUCCCUUGCUGCUGAAUUUGUAAAAGCAGUGUUGGAAUGAAUGAGCAGAAACGGGGUGCAAUUCAGCCCAGAGUUAAAGCACUAAAGGGAAAAAACAAAAUCAAAACCUAUGGACUUCAUGGGAAAAAAUUGAGCAUCUUCAUAGAUCUCACCCAUUAGCGAUCAAUUGGGUGCUUCCCAAGUGCCAAACACUGAGCUGGGCUAUGCCUUAAAUUGGUGGCGGAGGACCUAGGGCCAUGUCCCAGAUGUGCUUGAACUCCCAACCAAGAAGCCCAGCAGCCAACAUGGCCAAUGGGCAGGAAUGAUGGGGAAUUGAAUCUAGCAACAUCUGCAGGACCGCAGGUUAGCCACCCGUUGCCUUAAACCAGGUGCAGGGAAUCUGCAGCCCGCCAGAUGUUGCUGAACUACAACUCUCGGUCAGCAAGCCUAGCCAGUGAUGGUGGGAGUUGUAGUUCAGCAACAUCUGGGGCUCCGUGGGUUCCCUGCACCUGCUUCAAACCUUUCACUGCCUUCCCAUCUCCAUCCUGGAUUCCUAAACGCCCCUUUAAUUGUUCCUCCCUGCUUAUUAGGCUCCGGAUAACUUUUCAGAUGAAGGUUUACAAACUAAAGUUUGUAUAUAUAUAUAUUUUAAAAAUUGUCCUUUUUUGGAAUUCCCCCCCCUCUCCAGAGUGAGUGAGUGAGUGAGUGUGUUCUGUAUGUUAUACAUAUAAUGCUCGGUUUUCUGAAAUGUUGCUUCUAGAGCUGGUCUCUAUGGUUGCACUGAAGGGAGAACGUCUGGACUCAGCCUCUUGGCAAACUCUACUUCCUUGCCUACAGCUCAGUUGUACAAGGAUUUAUGCUCCACUAAACAUGGCAGGGACUUCCUUGGAAGUAAAUAGAUUCAGUAGGAUUCAGUGCAAGUUAGAGAAACACCGAGUUAGCUUUAUUGAAGCACUGUAGUGUUUAGCAGCACAAUUUUAUAUACGUUUACUUGGAAGGAAGUCUGGGGCUGUUGAUAGGGACUUAGUCUGAAACAGGGAAGGGUAGGAUUGUGUAUCCCAUACAAGUGACUUAACUUUACCCAGUGGGUAAGGUUUUCCUUUAUGGUUUAAUGAGAAGUGGCAUGAAUUAAUAUUUUUCUGCCAUGCUUUCUCAUAUGCGAUGAUGUCCGCUUAGCAAGGACAGUCACCUGCCUUCACCUUCUCUCCUCCUUCAGUGCAACAUCUUUUGCCCACCUGUCGUUUCCUCUGGAACAUCUUCUGCAGGGGUGAUUAAAAAACAUCUUACCUGGUUGUCUCCUGUUGAUGCGGAGACUGCUGCUCUGGCCCAAGCAUUCAACAAGAGAUCUCAUUCUCGUAUGCAAGUGUCCAGCCUCUUGUGCAAAAACCAGAGGGGGUGUUUGCUUCCUGGAUCCUUGGGCAGAUUCAGAGAACUGUAAGCUUCCAUUCCAAAUGGGAAGGAAAAAGAAUUGGCCCACACUGGGUAGUGUUUGUAAAUAUCUUAUUGCAACAGUGUUAUUUACUGUGCCCUUUUUGUGUAUCUUUUGUAAAUUGUGGAUUUUUUUUAUAUUAAAUAUUUUUUUCCUGUGGAUCAGAAAAAAAAUAAUUUUAUAAAAUCUGUUUUUAAAAAAAUGAAAUGGGGAGGGCCAGGGAGUCUUUUGUGACUAUCACUUAUCCUUAAUUUAUACGUCCCAGUAUCUGGGAAUUUGUUUGGGGUGUAUGUAUGUUGUGUGUGUUUUUAAAUGAGGGAAAUGGGGGGGGGGGGUAUAACAAGGACAAAUGUUCUCAGGGAAUUAAACCUGAUUGUUACCAUGGAAACUGUGGUAACCAUCCUUUCUUUGCUGUUAAUAAAGCAGUUUUUUGGCUGA